GUCUCGACGGUAGCAGCUCCGGGACACCGAGCCGGGGGUGCCCUGUGCCGCUGCGCGGCGGAAGGGGCAGGUCUCGGCGGCAGCGGUUCCGGGGGCACCGAGCCGGGGGUGCCCUGUGCCGCUGCGCGGCGGAAGGGGCAGGUCUCGGCGGCAGCGGUUCCGAGGGCACCGAGCCGGGGGUGCCCUGUGCCGCUGCGCGGCGGAAGGGGCAGGUCUCGGCCGCAGCGGUUCCGGGGGCGCCGAGCCGGGGGUGCCCUGUGCCGCUGCGCGGCGGAAGAGGCAGGUCUCGGCCGCAGCGGCUCCGGGGCAGCGGAACUGUUUCCGGAGUAGUAGCGGCAGUGACAGCGGCGGCGGCAUCAUGACCACCCUCCGCGCCUUCACCUGCGACGAUCUGUUCCGCUUCAACAACAUCAACCUGGACCCGCUGACGGAGACCUACGGGAUCCCCUUCUACCUGCAGUACCUGGCCCACUGGCCCGAGUACUUCGUCGUGGCCGAGGCGCCCGGCGGGGAGCUGAUGGGUUACAUAAUGGGUAAGGCAGAAGGCUCAGUGGCUAGGGAAGAGUGGCACGGGCACGUUACUGCUCUCUCUGUCGCGCCGGAGUUUCGACGGCUGGGCUUGGCUGCUAAGCUGAUGGAACUGCUGGAAGAAAUUUCAGAAAAGAAGGGUGGAUUCUUCGUCGAUCUCUUUGUGAGAGUGUCCAACCAGGUUGCAGUAAAUAUGUACAAGCAGCUAGGCUACAGCGUCUACCGGACAGUGCUGGAGUACUACUCUGCUAGCAACGGAGAGCCGGACGAAGACGCUUAUGGAGUUUCAUGCAGUGUUAUGUUCUGAUUGAUGAAGUUGCUACCAGACAACAAUAAGAACAUCAAACUAUUGGAGAGUGUCCAGAGGAGGGCAGCCAAGGUGCUGAAAGGUCUUCAGGGCAGGACUUAGAAGGAGCUGUUGAGGUUGCUUGGUUUGAGCGUGGGGAAGAAAAGACUGAGAGCAGACCUCAUCACAGUCAACAGCUUCAAGAGAGGCAGCAGAGGGGGAGGAAUUUACCUGCUCUCCCUGGAGACCACCAGUGAGACACACAGAAGCAGAAUAAAGCUCAGACUUGACACUAGGCAAAGGUUCUUCACUGGAAGGAGAGUCAGUCACUGAAACAGGUUCCCUAGGGAAGUGGUCACAGCACCAAACCUAUGGAAAUUCCAGGGGCAUCUGGACAAUGCUCUUAGUCAUAGGGUUUAAGUUUUACGUAGCCCUGUGAGGAGCAGGGAGUUAUAUUCUGUGAUCUUUACAGGUCCCUUUCAUUCUGUGAUUCUAGGAAGUCUUCUUGCUUAAAACUGAGUAACAGAGUUCACUUAAUGUGGCUUGUUGCAAUGACUGCCUUGUUGUAAUAGCUUUUA